CUUCGUCUACCUUCGGACAUGGCCGCAGCCCAGCCCCAGUCCGUUACCAUCACAUUGCGCGAACUUGGUGCUCUCAAUGCGCCCACCGACUUGCAGACGCAGCUCCUGCAGCACAACGUACUCCACCUCUUUUCGCGAGAUGUGCCGUAUGGUUUCCUCGGCGUGCAGCCGCUCCUGACAGGUCGUGCCUCGGCGCCCCCGCACUAUCUCACAGGCCCUGGUGGCGUUGGCAAGAGCGGCAUCCUGUUCAUGCUGGUGGUCGAAGUUCUGCGUCACAACAACGCGGUGCUCAACGGUCGCGCGUCGCCAGUCCCGAACGCCGCCAACGAGCCUGUCCUCAUCAUCUACGUACCGAAUGCAGACGAGAUUGUGAGUGCUGCGCCGCAGGUUGCCGCAGAGUUGAUGCUCGGGCAUGUUCAUCGUGCCAACGACAACGCGCUACAGGUCGAGCAGUGGCCCUCGACUAUCUCGACGCGCGUUCGCGACUGGUGGACGAAGCUGAGACAGACUCUAGACCGCGACGCUCCUGCUCUCGAAAUCUGGGAAGCGGUUUUGGCGCUCCUGCGUCAGCAGCCGCUUCGCGCCCUGUUUGCCAUUGACCAGUGGAACGCGCUCGUCACCGCCAGCAACCUGCCGGACAAUCACCCGCUGCGACCGAUGCGAUCCAUUGCCUUCGCCACCUAUCUCUCGCAGCUCAUCACCGCCGUGAGCUCGUCCUUUGGCGCGGUCGUUCUCCAGCCCGGGGUCUUCCGUGACGCUGAGCGCACCACUCGACAAGUGGAUGUGAGGCGGCUGACCCCGGCCGAAGGAGAGGCCCUGCGCGGGAUCUGGAACCAACGUGCGAGCCCCAUCGUCUCGCCUCAAGACAUGCGCGCCGUUGUGGAGCGGACUGGAGGCAUUCCGCGGCUGUGCGAGUUCUACUACUGGUCUCGGCGAGACACUGCCAUGGCUUUUGACCGCCUUUGCAUCAACUACUACUUGGAGCGCUUCCACGGCGUGGCGCGGCAUCUCGCGGGUCGUUUGGACGACACCGACAUGACGCGUCGCUUCCAGGAGGAUCUAGUUUCGCUGUAUCUGCAGCGCCCGUCCCUUCAGUCGUCGCCCUCGGUCACGGCGCUCUGGGAGAGUACCGGAAUGCUCAUUCGGGACAACAACGAUCUGAACAAGCUCAUCCCACUCAACGCGUUCGUCAUGAGCGCUGCCACUAUGUUCAUCGACAGCACACUCGCUCAUCGACUGAGCACCAUCUACCACGACCCUCCCAUUCGCUGGCGUGCCCUCGAGCUGUUCGUGGCCGCUUGUCUUCGUUCAAACAGACUGACGGCCAUUCACUCGACCAACCUGCGGCGUGACACCCGGCGCAAACCGUUUACCAUCCAGUGCACUGCACCCCAUUUCCUGGACGCAAGCUUCUGCUCGGACGUUACGGCGUAUCUUGCGCAGCACAACGGCGGCCAACCCUUCCCGCUCGGCACCCUUCUCGCGCCGGCCUUCAACCUCCCGGUCGUCGACUACGUCACUUUUGCACCGUGCGGAGAUCCCCAGGGUCGACGGGCGGUCACCCACGAGCUUGUCUUUAUUCAAGUCAGCGCUGGCUCAUACGCCGACCACCACACCAAGCUGCCCCACCUCUACCAGCAACCACCGUCAUGGGGCGACACUCUCCUGCGUUCGUUUGAGCGCGCGUUCGGAAUCGCUCCCGCAGCAGUCCCGAUCGACCGCACGCAGCUUCCGCCGCGAGUCAGAUACAUCUACAUCACGGUAAGCUCGGUACGAAUGCAGCGAAACACGCUCGGCUCCGGAAGUCUCGUUCAUCUCGUUUCCGAAAACGAUGUCGAGGAAAUGGACCGCGCACGCUGGGCUGCCAUGGCUCAGUGACAACACACCAUUGCAUUGACCACGUUUUUUUUCUCGGCUUUACAUAUUGUUGGAGAUCCUCUGGGACUACAAAGUAAGUGUGGUGAGACGGGCACAGGCGCAACUUGACUUGUGUCCAUAUUUGGCAGGAGGGGCCCUCGCGACCGACACAAGGCCUCCAACGCAUUCCAUCGCCCUCAAACUAUCCUAUUUUGAUGCUUUGUUG